UACACAUGGUUUUCUUUUUACACGUGGUUUUCCAUUUACACAAUAUGUUUUUUUUCAAUUUACGCAUGGUUUUCUAUUUACACGUGGUUUUUCAUUUACACAUGUUUUUUGUCCGUUUACACAUGGUUUUCUUUUUACACGUGGUUUUCCAUUUACACAAUAUGUUUUUUUUCAAUUUACGCAUGGUUUUCUAUUUACACGUGGUUUUCCAUUUACACAUGGUUUUCCAUUUACACAUGGUUUUUGGGGGAGGAGUAG